CCGCAGCCGUGUACCAGCAGCAAAUACACACACACACACACAUCCAUCGCGAUCCCGCCCUGGCCCCGCGCACCGAACACAUGCAGUCCCCAAGCUCCUCUCCCCGGAGCGGGCGCAAGAAGAUGGGGCAUCCCGCCAUACAGAAUUUUAAGAACUUCCUGCGCCAUGGCAAGCAGGCCCGCCACAAUGCUGAGCCCACGACAAACGUAUCUAAUGUCCACGCCCAGUCGCAACAACAACGCUACGGCCAGGCGCCCGAGCCGCUCCCUCACGGCGUCACCGAGCCUGCCCUGGACCACAAGCCGCUCCAGAACAAUGCCGUCCCCCACGGUGACUUCUCUGUCGGCGCCGGCGCGGGCGACAACCGCAACAUUGCCGCACAGGCAGGUGAUGCUGCUGCGCGCGCCGCUGGCGACCACCAAAAGAAGCAGGCUGCAGCAAAGAACGCUGGCGUCGACCCCUCUGUGCUCGAGCGCAUUGUUGCCGAGGAGCGCGAGGCCAAGGGCAAGCUGCCCAGAUACCCCGGCCUAGAGCGCUGGACCCUGCUGGAGAAGAUGGGUGAUGGUGCCUUCAGUAACGUAUACCGCGCACGAGACACCACAGGCCAAUGGGACGAAGUCGCCAUCAAGGUCGUUCGUAAGUUCGAGAUGAACUCACAGCAGAGAGCAAACAUUCUCAAGGAAGUACAAAUCAUGCGCCAGCUCGACCACCCCAACAUUGUCAAGCUCAUCGACUUCUCCGAGUCACGGCAGUACUACUACAUUGUCCUCGAGCUGUGCCCUGGCGGUGAACUGUUCCACCAAAUUGUUCGCCUCACCUACUUUUCCGAGGAUCUUUCGCGCCACACCAUCAUCCAAGUCGCAAAGGCUCUGCAAUACUUGCACGAGGAAGCAGGUGUUGUCCAUCGAGACAUCAAGCCUGAGAACCUUUUGUUCUACCCGAUUCCAUUUGUUCCCACACGCAACCCCAAACCAAGGGGUCCGGAUGACGAGGACAAGGCCGACGAAGGUGAAUUCAUCAAGGGCAAGGGUGCCGGUGGCAUCGGCCUCAUCAAGGUUGCCGACUUCGGUCUCAGCAAGGUUAUCUGGGACACUCAAACCAUGACGCCUUGCGGUACCGUCGGCUACACUGCCCCAGAAAUUGUCAAGGACGAGCGCUACUCCAAGAGUGUCGACAUGUGGGCACUAGGCUGUGUGCUCUACACGCUGCUCUGUGGUUUCCCACCCUUCUAUGACGAGUCAAUCCAGACUCUUACCGAGAAGGUCGCACGUGGCCAGUACACUUUCCUUUCCCCAUGGUGGGACGACAUUUCCAAGUCUGCUCAAGACCUGGUGUCCCAUCUCCUGACAGUAGACCCUGAAAAGCGUUACGACAUCAACCAGUUCCUCAACCACCCAUGGAUACGCGAGGCUGACGAGCCAACGUACUCUGCCUAUGACGCACCACCUCUUGCCACACCGGCUGCCAAGAAGGAGCGCCUCCAGCCAGACUUUACACAUCUCGAGUCUCCAGGUGCACGUCGCAUGGACUUCCGUUCGCCUGGCGCUGUCAACCUUCGAGAAGUAUUCGAUGUCAGCUAUGCUGUGCACCGACAAGAAGAAGAGGGAAAGAGGAAGAAGCAAUUCAAGCAAGGAUACCGUGGCGCGAAUGCCAUGAACUCUCUGAAUGCGCUUGACGAGAACGAAGACGAUGAUGAGUAUGCUGCCGAGUCUGUGCCGUAUGAUGCCUCAACACAGCAUCCGCCAGCCAAGCUUCCCAAGUCGCAGGGCGCAGAUGUAUCUAGUAUGGAACAGAAGAUGCGCAACACGACGCUAUCUGCCGCAGCUCAAGCACGUCAGCAACAAGCCGCACCGCAGCAACGGGGCUAUGGUCAGCAUUCUGCCGCUGUCGCUGCCGCUGCCAAGCGUCAGGUCAAGAACAAGGGCGCAUUUGAACUCAACCUGGACAGCUCGAGUAUACUGGGUCGCCGAGCCAAGAAGGGCCCUGCACCGAGUGGUCUGCGAAACAACAUUUCUGUUGGUGGCACAUGACCAUCAUCGUCGCUUGCCAAAGAUUGGUGAGAGUCGCGCCCUUGGGAUGGAGAUGGCAUGGCCUUGAUGUCUUUUUCCGCCCUUGCUUUGUUUCAUCACUCAUUUUCUUCAUGGUUUUGUUUUUUCCUUUACUGAUUUCUCUCUUGGUUAUGUUGCCACGGAUUCGGCUUUUUUUUGGUUCUCCUCUCAUAGCAUAUUUGAUGGUCACUGUCCUUUUCGAUGCGAAAGGAGGACACUGCGCCUUUGAGUGCACUCUUGUUUGUGGGCGUGGGAGGAGCCCAGGCAAUACCAUGUGUAUGUGUGUAACGUGUGUAAGACAUGCGAUUUAGUCGCCAGCAUGUCGCCUAGAUAGCAUCAAUGGAUAUAAUCAGAAAAC